AUGAUCCGACUCGUGGAUGCUGGUGUUCACAAGACCGAGGACAACUACUUCUCCAACUUAGUUUACCCUUUAACUGUCUUCAACUUUAGUUCUUAUUUCAAUUAUGAUGAUCCUUACAUCUUGUCCUACCCAUAUUUUGAGUCGCCGAAUGCAUCAUAUCGGGAUUAUCAGCACAUAACAAUGCCUCUAAUUUUCCUGAGCUGCACAAAUCAAAUGAAUUUUUCCGACCUCUUUAUUGAAACAGCUCCAUGCAUCAAGAAUACCGGCAUCCACUCUUCCUCUGAUCCAUCCCUGUCCACAGUGUAUUCUUAUUUCAUGCUUGGGCGUUUGGAUGAUGAUGGCUACCCAGAAGAUUUGAGUCCGGCUGAAUGGGGGUUGUCCUGCAAAAUAACACUCAUGGCUCUUGUGUCCCCCCCUCCCACUCCCACUGACAAGUACAGCAAGUCGUGUCAAGGCAUAUAUAAACAACUAGCAUAUGGCUUUGAACUCUCCUGGAUUGGCUAUGGAUGUGCAAAUAAAAAAUGCGGACUACAUGAACGCUGUGCGCUCAACUUCAACAUGACCAGAUUUGAGUGCCAGUUUGUGGUGGAAGAUGAAGAUGCUUCUGAACCAAACUGA